AUGGAUGAGAUCGCGCCCGAGUACGAUGUCGUGGUGCUCGGCACUGGCUUGACCGAGUGCGUGUUGUCUGGUGUCCUCAGUGUCAAGGGCAACAAGGUCCUGCACAUCGAUCGCAAUGACCACUACGGAGGAGAGGCGGCCUCUGUCAACAUUGAGACUCUCUUCAAGAAGUACGGCAACGUCCCCGCUGGCGAGGAACCCUGGAAGAAGUAUGGAAGAGUCAACGACUGGAACAUCGACUUGGUCCCCAAGCUGUUGAUGGCAAAUGGCGAGUUGACAAACAUUCUGGUCUCCACCGACGUGACGAGAUACCUCGAGUUCAAGCAGAUCGCGGGCAGCUAUGUCCAGCAAGGCAAGGCUUCCAAGGCGACCGUGGCCAAGGUGCCUUCCGACGCCGGCGAGGCUCUUCGCUCAUCUCUGAUGGGCCUGUUUGAGAAGCGCCGUGCGAAGAAGUUCUUGGAGUGGGUUGGUGAUUUCAACAAGGAGGAUCCUUCGACUCACCAGGGUCUCAACGUCGCUGCCUGCACCAUGAAGGAGGUGUAUGACAAGUUCGGCCUCGAGGACAACACCCGUGAUUUCGUCGGUCACUCCAUGGCCCUCUACCCCUCGGACGAGUACGUCAACAAGCCCGGCGCUGCCAUCGAGACUAUCGACCGUAUCCGCCUUUACGUCAACUCCAUGGCCCGCUACGGCAAGUCGCCUUACAUCUAUCCUCUGUACGGUCUGGGCGAGCUCCCCCAGGGUUUUGCUCGUCUGUCUGCCAUCUACGGCGGUACCUACAUGUUGAACACCGAUGUUGAUGAGGUGCUCUAUGACGAGAGUGGCAAGGUCUCUGGUAUCAAGGCCACCAUGAAGGAUCGUGACGACCAGGCUGCGGCCAUGAAGUUCGAGACCAAGACGAAGAAGAUCAUUGCCGAUCCUUCCUACUUCCCCAACAAGGUCAAGGUCUCUGGCUAUCUGCUCAAGGCCAUCUGUAUCCUGAAGCACCCUAUCGACAAGACCGACGGCAGUGACUCGCUGCAACUUAUCAUUCCCCAGUCUCAGAUCGGACGGAAGCACGAUAUCUACAUUGCGAUGGUCUCGUCCGCACACAACGUUUGCCCCAAGGGCUACUACAUCGCCAUCGUCUCAACCAUUGCUGAGAACGAUGCUAACCACCACCUGGAGCUCGAGCCUGGCUUUGAGCGCCUGGGUGCGAUCGAAGAGAAGUUCAUGGGUCCUCCUAUCCCCAUCUACGAGCCUCUGGAGAGCGGCGAGAAGGACAACGUCUUCAUCUCUAAGAGCUACGACUCGACAUCGCACUUUGAGACCACCACCCUCGAUAUCCGGGAUCUGUACCAGCGUGCCGCUGGUGAGGAGUUGAAGGUUGAGGGUCUGCGGGAGGGUCAGCAGCUUGCUCAGGAGUAG